GUCUGGAUUCCUUACACUCACUUACCACAUCCUUUUGGUGGCUCUUAGAAAGACAGGCUUUGUAGUUAGUGCACAAUAUGUCCUCUUACAGCAUCAGGCAAACUACUACCUCAGGCUCCACAAGUGGCCUAGGUUCAGGUGGCUUAGGUGGUGGCUCUAGUAGGCUGUCUGUAGGUAGUUAUCGGGCACCAAGCAUCCAUGGGGGCAGCGGUGGUAAAAACAUUUGCAUCUCCACCUCAAGAGUCUCUGGGCAUGGUUCUGGUAUUGGUGGUGGAUUUGGUGGUGGAUAUGGUGGUGGAUUUGGUGGUGGCAUAGGCGGCUCAUACAUCUCUAGCUAUGGUAGUUCUGACUAUGGCUUUGGAGGGGGACACUCUGCAGGAGGCCUUCUUACUGGAGGUGAGAAAGAGACCAUGCAGAAUCUGAAUGACCGUCUGGCCUCAUACCUGGACAAAGUGAGAUCCCUGGAGAAAGCGAAUUCCCAGUUGGAGAUUCAAAUUCGUGAGUGGUACGAGAAGCAAGGACCAAGCCCAUCACGUGACUAUAGUCAUUACUACAAGAUCAUUGAAGAGCUCCGCAACAAGAUCCUUAACGCUACUUUGGAAAAUGCCAGCAUUCUUCUGCAGAUUGAUAAUGCCAAACUGGCAGCUGACGACUUCAGAACCAAAUACGAGAAUGAGUUGGCCCUCCGUAUGAAUGUUGAAGCUGACAUCAAUGGCCUACGUAAAGUCCUGGAUGAGCUGACUCUAACUAGAUCUGACCUUGAGCUCCACAUUGAGAGCCUGAAGGAGGAAUUAGCCUACCUGAAGAAGAACCACGAGGAGGAAAUGAACGCGCUGCGUGGACAAGUCCGUGGUCACGUUAAUGUGGAAAUGGAUGCCGCCCCUGCUGUAGACCUAACUAGGAUUCUGACUGAAAUGAGAGACCAAUACGAAGGUCUGGCUGAGAAGAACCGCAAAGCCGCUGAAGCCUGGUACUUACAAAAAACAGAAGAACUGAACAGAGAAGUUGCGAGCCACAGCGAACAGAUCCAUUCCAGCAAGAGCGAAAUCACAGACCUCAAACGCACACUCCAGGGCUUAGAAAUCGAACUGCAGACACAACUCAGCAUGAAAUCAGCGUUAGAAGGCACCUUGGCAGAAACAGAAGGUCGCUAUUGUGUCCAGCUGUCCCAGUUACAGGACCUCAUCAGCAGUGUUGAAGCUCAACUUGGAGAACUCAGAUCAGACUUGGAACGCCAGAGCCACGAAUACAGAAUCCUCAUGGACGUCAAGACCAGACUGGAACAAGAAAUCGCCACUUACAGACGUCUCCUCGAGGGAGAAGAUACCCUAUCAUCUUACAAAGAUGUUUCUCAGACAACCCGCCAAGUUCGCACCAUCAUCGAGGAGACCGUUGAUGGGAAAGUUGUCUCCUCUCGGGAAAAAGUACAAAAGUCAAACUAUUAACCUGAAAAAUGCACAGAAGUUGGAUCCCAGGACAAUCUUGUGAUGUUCGCUGUCUGUUAGUUCACCUAGAAUCAGUGAUUAACACAAACAUUCACUUUUCCAAGAUUAGAUGUGAUCUAUAGAUGACUUAUUGUCAUGGGUCUAACCCAAUGAGGCACUGGUGCCAAUUCUAUGUCUGUGUGUUCUUGACCUUGUAGUACAAUUUAUUCAAGGUCCCCUUUUACUUCUUUCUUUUUAAUAAAGUGCUUUGCUUUUUCAUGCA